AUGGCCUGGCCGUGCAUCACACGGGCUUGCUGCAUUAACCGCUUCUGGAGUGAGUUAGACAAAGCGGAUAUCGCCGUGCCUUUGGUUUUCACGAAAUAUUCGGAUGUGGCCGAGGUGCAACACCUCCAUCCUCAGCCUCCAUCUAGACAGAAGAGGACCGGCCCCAUCACCAUAGAAACCCAGCCUUCUCACAGUGAACAGGAGGCGGCGGCGGCCAAGGCACCGCCCGCGACUGGUGCCGCAUCAGGAAAACAUGCCUGUAGUGCGUCCGUGAUGCGCCAGGAUUUCAGGGAAUGGAAAGAUAUACGCCCGGAGCCCAGCUGCAAACCCAAGAAUGAAUAUCACCCCUCGGCGACCCCUUUCAACAACGUAACCCAGUAUCAGAAGGAUUAUAAGCCAUGGCCUGUCCCGAAAAAGGGAGACCACCCCUGGAUCCCCAAACCCAGCCCAACUGCCUCCUCCGGUGCACAAGAAGGAGGUGUGGGGACCAAAUUGGAGCAUGCAUCCACAGAGACCGAGAGCGGUGUGGAGAAGAGUGAAAUUGAAGAAAAGGUGCAAGAGAAAGAAUCCAAAGAGAGGAAAAAGAAACCAGUGAAGAAGGAGAAGACUGUAGAGAAGAAAGUGAGUGCCAAAAUGGAGGGACAGCCACCGGCAGAUGUCACUGUGGAGGGGAAAGGAAGGGCGGCAGCAGACGCGCUGAACAGACAGAUAAAACAGGUCGUCUCAACUGGCACUGGCAGCUCUUAUAGGUGAGAAUCUGGUUACAGUGGGAAUAUGUAUUUUCAUUGAAUGUUUAUUAUUGAAUUACAUUAUGCACACAUUUUCUGCCUCUGAAAUAUAAUUUUUUUCACAGUUUAAAUAUAUCAACCAUAUAUUAAACGUGGAAUGUAGGCCACAAAUAACUUUAUUGUGGAGGCCAAAAGUAUUUUAAUAAGAAGGCCUAACACAAUAUUUUGUGUUGCUUAGAAAAUACUCAGUGUACAAUUUAUUACACAACAUCUUAAUAUAUCAUUACAGUAACUACCAAAAUACAUGCAUCAAUUAUUAAUCAAUUGUAUUUAAAUGUUGUGCACAUGUUGGUAAGCUAAGAACAUAUUGUGCACAACAUUUAAAUACAAUUGAUUAACAAUUGAUGCAUGCAUUUUUGGUAGUUACUGUACUAGCAGUAGCAAAGCCAAGAUGCAUGUAGCCUUCAGUCUAUUGACAAUAAAACACACAUCAUCCCUACUGGGCUUUAUAAUCUACUCAAGAAAGCCCACACUACCUCUCCAUCAUGAACUGUACAUGUCAGUUUUCUUCUAGAUUCAUCCUAAAUGUUCUUGAUGAUCAGACUAAUAUUGUCAUAGAUAUCUGCUGCAGCAUUGAUUUUCCCCAGUUUCAUCCUCCUCUAUGGUGUUACCAGAUCAAUACAGUAGCACAUCAUGUCAGUGCCAAGGCAGUAAAGGAGCUCUGGAUAUAAUUAUAUCUACUGUUCUCAACAUAUCCCUAAGGCCUCUCUGGAGUGGCUCUCCCUCAUUUGUUUCCCUAGUUUUUGACUGCAAGGUCAAUUCGUUUUUGUGUAAAAUGUGUAGAGAGCUUUGCAGUUGUCGACUGUGGGUGAAAGGAAGCAGAAGCUCUGUGUUGUAGUUACUGAAAUGGGGAGUAAAGUGACUAACGAGUAAUGCUACCCUCCCUGUGUACACUUCGGCUGUAAAUCUGAUGAGUCAUUUCAGUCCAUUUCCUCCCAAAGAUUUUGGGCAACAACAAUAUUUGUCUGGGAUUCAUAAUACAACUAAGUGAUUUGUUUGAUGAUGAACAGUGGAACUAAUGCUGAGUUUUCUGAUUCAUUGUUUUUCAGGAAUGAGUUCAAGGCGUACAAAGACGUGAAACCAGUGAAGUCAACCAAGCCCCAGUUUCAGUACAAACCGCCUGUGGAUGACAAGGACAAGACCAGCCUGGAGACCAGCUACAGCGCCACCUACAAGGGGGAGCAGGCUAAGGUGCAGCCCACUGACAACAAGCUGCUGGAGCGCAGGAGGAUACGCAGCCUGUACAACGAGCCGGGCGGCAAGGAGACCACCAAGGUGAGCCCACAUCAACAUGCAUGUGACAAUGAACACUGACUUUUUUAUGUUAAAAUGUGUAUCUAAUUGCACAAAAUACAUGUUCAAUUUUGAGUUUUUCAACCCGUUGCUGUGACGGGCCAAUUCAUGUUCAUGUCUCAGUGAAAAUUAGGAUGAAUCCAAAUAAUGCAAAUUAAACUUCAAAUUGCAUUAGUUACAUAGGACAUGGUUGUUUUCAUGUAUAUGUUCUCCUUCAAGCAAUAUACUAUUUUGAUUUAUGUGCUACAGUAAUAACAAUUGAGAUCAUUAAAUUUGAAUAGGAAAUUCAACAUAUUACAAGCAUUACUGUAGCCUGUUCCAUGUAAUAUUGUACAGUGUAAAAUCCCAGAAUAACUUUCUAAACUACAAAAUUAAGAUAAGCAUUAGCACAUCACAAAACUAAUGUAAUCAAUCAGAGUUAAUUAAAUCUCCACAUGCAUGUUUGUGAGCGGUAGGAAUGUCUCAUGUGUCUGCAUGCUAUGUUUAUAUGGCCCCUCCCUUUCUCACUCUUGUAGGACUGUUCUGAGACUGAGAGCAGCUCUAUUCUAGAUCUGCUGUAGUCAGGUGUGUUGUCAAUUUCUUCUAGAAGGCAUGGAGGUUGACCUCAGAUUAACUCACACCUUGAUUAAUGCACCUUACCCAACAGGACUAGGGUCACAUUAGCCACCAAACUGCCAGACAAUUCAAUCUUUCUGCAAAGCUGUCAGCCACAUCCUCAGAGUUUGCACUGCCUCUCUCAAGACCACCAAGAGAGCUUGGAUUCAUUAAAUGAAUGUAUUAUUUUGCAUGACAUUUCAACUCUCAAUCCUUUGGUUUGAUUGGUGUCAUAAGAGGCACCUUAUACAAAGGGAAAAUAGCACAAUUUUAUUUACAAAAAAACCUAAUUCGUUGAAUAUGACCAAAAAUAUAGUCUCAUCCAAGGGAAAGGGAAUAAGAUUGUGCAUAUUAAAUUAACUGUUCAUAUACUAACCCCAACUUUAUACUGUAAGUUUGUAUUUUAGACACAACCUUCAGGAUGGAAAUUAAAUGUGUUUUUCUAAACAGAGAUUUUGUUCCAAUGGACACAAGUGGUUUUCUUUCAUCGUAAGUGCACAACCACGCAUUGCAAAUAUUACCAACAACAUGGUGACAUUUGCUAUUUUAUUUUUAUUUGAUGUUAGUAACAGGAAGGUAUGUAUUGCAUGCUCCGAAUAAAGAUUUACUGUAACAUCUCCAGGAAAUGAAUUGCCAGUGUUCACCUUAGAGAUUCAUGAGCUCUUUGUAUCAUUGUAGCAUACAGUAUCAGUCCAAAGAUGAUACUGUAACCUGGACUGAUGACAUUUUGGCUGCGUAGUUUACCUAUAGUUUUAGGAGGAUGUCAAGUACAAAAUUCCCUCAUCUCUCUCUCUAUAGGUGGACAAGACAAAAACCAAACCAAAAAAGAUAUCAACAACAACGAGCAAAAUGGUGAAAAAGGCGAAAGAGAAGACCAUCGCUGGUGCACUGUCAACCAAGAAGAAAACCUCCACGAGCACCAAGCCAGACGAGACCAAACCAGAGGGAGGCGUUAUCUCAAAGAAGAGCAAAGAGAUAAGCAAUAGACUGGCUGAGGCAAAAAAGUAAAAACAAAACAUCUCUGCACUACUUUAUUUAGGGAAUUUAAGGCUGCCUAAUGAAUUAGGGGACUCUCAUCCAUUUGGUCUAUCUCUUUCUCUCUGUCUUUUCCUUCCUGUUCCUCAUCUCUGUGUAUACUCACUAGAUGUGGAGCUUUUAAGUUGACAUUUUGACGUCUUCACCAUGCUGUCGUUGAACUAUAAUGCUUUGCGUGUGUCUGUGUGCGCGCGGUUGCGUGUGUGCGCAUGUGUGCGAGUGUGCACUUCCUCUCUCUAUUAAAAGUUCAGCACAUUUUUUGCACGUUAUUUUGUUGCAUUUGUCAAUCCUUUGUAGAAAGAAAAACAUUCUUAAACAGAGAGCCAUUGAUACACUGUACGUAGAGAACAGUAUAUGGCUCUUAAACGGCUGUUGAAGGCAGUGAGAGGUUUAGCUUUUUUGUCUGACUACCUAUCAUCAUACUGAUGAUGGAUUCUCUAUGUUCUUCUUUUCGAUCUCUUAGACUGCAUUGACUAUGUGAACUCUGCAGAUAUAAAAUCUUAAUUACUGUAGCGUUUCCUGGUUACAGUGACUCCACUCUUUGGACCUAGAUUUAAUUUAAUUGCUCUUGAGGAUAUCUGGUUUCAUCAAUUUGGUUGCUAAGAAACCAACUGAACUGGAAUGUCAUUUCUACAGCUUGCAUGCAAGGCCCUCUUUCUGGUUGUAUAGUAGCAUUCAAGUAUCCUAUUCUCACGGUCACAAUCUAGCUUGUAAUUCAAAUCAUUCAUGAGAAAUCAAAGGGGGCAAACCAUUUUCAGAAUUACUGCAUGUGUAGUGAUAGUUUGAUCUCAUACCAUAAGUAUCUACACAAACAAACAAGAAAACUGUCACUAACUUACAGUACAAAAGAUAGCACUUAGUACUGUAGUGCCUAUUGUAACUGUUAUGUAAACCCACCAGCUUUGUAGUUCUGCCUUCAUACACAUGGUUCUACUGCCUUCUUCAAUGUGAGAACCACUUCGUCCACUUUCCAGUUAUUUGAUACAGUAUGAAAACUGAUAUAUUUCUGAUAAUACACCCCUCUUUAAUGAUAUGUCAUUAUUUUAUCCAUUACAAAGCUGUGAUGCUAUUGGUGUGCAAAACCAUGUAUAAUGUUAAAAGUUGGCAUAUGUAAGAUAUAGGAAAUAGGUUAACCUAUUGUAUAUACUCAAUCACCUCCACUUUCUUCAAUGGGCUCAGUAGUUAGGUGUAAAAAGAUAAGGAGUGGGCCAGGAUUAGAAGAUCAAAAUCGCUUUUUGGAACAUGCAGCUGCCUGUCUGGAACCAUUGGUAUCACAUCUAUUCAUAGUGAGUGUGACUGCUACUCUCACCCUGUCUCUCUUAUGUCUGUGCACCUGCAGUCCGCCAGUAUGUUACAGUAUGUGGCAGUCCUCCUCCCAUGCGCUGCUGUGUGUCUGCUAUUGUCUAUUGUACCCCCAGACCACCCUGCUCUCUGCUGCCUGUCAGGGUUCCAGCCCGUGAGUUAGACCUCCGCAGCCCGCCGGCUCCUAGCGCCUGCCCCCCAGUACAGUAA